GGGGUGCGGGACGCCACCUGGAAGAAGCAUGUCAUCGAGGAAUAGCUGUACAGGGAAAAGUCCCAGUGUGUUUGGGAGAAGUGGGAGGCAGAGUAGGAGAGGAGAGCCAGGAGAGGCUCAUUCAGGAGGCUCUUGCAGAUGGAGCUCAAGAUGCAGGAGAACCGUCAGGCUCAGGAUGAGUCUCUGAGGAGGCGGGGGGGAAGGCUGAUCCAGGAGCUGGAGAGGCAGACCAGACGCCGAGAGGGUGGAGGAAGAGGGCCAAAGGACAGCGAACAGGAACAGCCUGUGUUGACUGGGGUGUCGCAGGUGAAGGAGAGGGAUGCCCUAAGGCUGCAGGAGGAUGAGCAGAGGCUGGAGACUCAUAGGAUGGCCCAGCAGAGCUAUAAGGACAAGGUACUGAUCCAGGGUCCAGUUCAUUAGGGCAAGCAAAGCCAACAUUUUUACCUGGUAGCUAAACAGAUGACAAUCAAUUUGGCAAAUAUACACACCCAUCCGUAUGUAUUUGGAGAUAAAAAUGGCUAAUUUCUAAAUAGUAAAUCAGAUAUGCAUGAAAAUACCUUAAAAUAAAAUGUGACCUUCUGUACUGUUUGUUGUCUUAUGACACAUUUGAUCUUAAAUCCAAAAUGCUGGAGUAUAGAGCCACAUCUAGCAUCACUGUCCAAAUGCAUACAGAGUGGGAUGUAAGCCUAUUGCAGUUGAUUUGCAUUGCUAAAGCAAUUGAUUAGUUUUGUCCCCUGUAUAUACUCUUGCCUUCCUCCGCUCAUAGAUUUGUAGCAGACCUCGAUCAGCCUGGACGUGAGGCCAAAAGACACAAUCAUGUUUUUAUACAAAUAAUUAUUCUUAAUGUGUUUAAAAUGUGUCAAGUAUUCCUACACCAUGCUUAUAUCAGCUGCUGCAUGUGGUGGUUGUAAAGUGUUACGUAUUUAGCAAACUGGUUUAAGGGUGUUGUAAUCUUGGUGUGGGUUUAUGUUUGUAGGUUUUUCCAUGAACUAAAAUCAUAUUUUCCUUUCUUUGCACAUCACAAUAGUCCAUAAGGUUGUACAGUACGUGGCCAAAUACAACAUGGCACGAGGUUACAAUUAUAAAUUAA